AAAUGCUUUGUGUUUCAGCUCCUCUUCUUGGAAGAAAUUCUCUCCUAGUGAAGCCUUUUUUUUCUAAUUUGAAGCAAUCCCUUCUGUUUUCUUCACGCGUUCGUUUUUUCUCUCUGUGUUUUCCGUCUACCCAAACAGGGGUUUCCAGUUAUUCGUCCCACCCAAUCUAUCAGAGACAGAGUUGUCUGCUUUACUACCAGCCUUUGAGAUCAAAUCACACCAUGGCAAGCCAAUCCAGUCCCCAAUCAGUCCACAGCUUCACCGUUAAGGAUGCUAGGGGAAAUGAUGUUGAUCUUAGCACCUACAAGGGAAAAGCCCUCUUGAUUGUCAAUGUUGCAUCACAAUGUGGCUUGACCAAUUCAAACUACACAGAGCUGCAUCAGUUGUAUGAGAAAUACAAAGAUCAAGGUUUGGAGAUUUUGGCAUUCCCAUGCAAUCAGUUUGGAGCACAGGAACCUGGGAGUAAUGAAGAGAUAGAAAAGUUUGUUUGCACUCGCUUUAAGGCUGAGUAUCCCAUCUUUGAUAAGAUUGAUGUGAAUGGCGAUAGUGCUGCUCCACUGUACAAGUUUCUGAAGUCAAGCAAAGGUGGACUCUUUGGUGACAACAUCAAAUGGAAUUUCUCCAAGUUCCUGGUGGACAAAGAUGGCAAAGUUGUUGACCGCUAUGCACCCACAACUUCUCCCCUUAGCAUCGAGAAGGACAUAAAGAAACUGCUCGGAAUCUCAUAAGUGCUGCAUCAGCUCUCUUUAACAAAUAAAUAAGAACCCGAUGAGGAUGUUUCUGUAAUAAGCACCAUGAUGAGGGUGUUUUCAGGAUGUUUUAUGUUCACGUACUACAGUUGUGUUUGAUAAGAGUAGUGUUUUGGUUGAAUAAAGAUCAGAUGGUUAUUAUUAACUAUAACAUACCCAAUCUCAUUACCAUGGAUUUGUUCU